AUGAAAGAAGAUAGUAUUGAUGGUAUUUACGAAACCUUAAAACAAUGUGCAUUAAUAUCAAAAUCAGCUGGGGGUAUUGGUGUCAAUAUUCAUUGUAUCAGAUCUAAAGGUACCUAUAUAGCUGGAACAAAUGGAAUAUCAAAUGGAAUAGUACCUAUGCUAAGAGUUUUUAACAACACAGCUAGAUAUGUUGAUCAAGGAGGAAAUAAGAGACCUGGAGCUUUUGCUAUUUAUUUAGAACCUUGGCAUGCGGAUAUUUUUGAAUUUUUAGAUCUAAAAAAGAACACCGGUAAAGAGGAAACCAGAGCACGUGAUUUGUUUUAUGCUUUGUGGAUUCCAGAUUUAUUUAUGGAAAGAGUGGAACAAAAUCAAGAGUGGUGCCUUAUGUGUCCCAAAAUUUGCCCAGGGUUAUCAGAUUGUUGGGGUGAAGAAUUUAAUAAACUUUACCUCAGUUACGAAGAAAAAGGUCUUUAUGUUAAAAAAGUUAAAGCUCAGAGUUUAUGGUACGCAAUAAUUGAAUCACAAGUAGAAACAGGGACUCCUUAUAUGUUGUACAAAGAUGCAUGUAACAGAAAAUCUAAUCAGCAAAAUUUAGGGACCAUCAAAUGCAGUAAUUUAUGUACGGAAAUAGUUGAAUACUCGUCACCCGAAGAGGUAAAAUUAGUAUAUUAUUUUUUUAAAAAUUUAUUACAUAUUAUGAAAUUUUUAUUAUAA